AGUGAUCCCAGGAAUAACUUAGGGGUUUUUUGUGUGGGCAGUACAUUAUUGAAAUUGCUGCAUCCAGGAUCUUGCUGCUGGAUAAUAACUAGGAUAGUAGCAGGCUUGAUUUUAACGAAAGUUUAUUUCUCUACUGUUGUACUCAACAAACUAUCGCUAUUAAUUUUGGUAGGCACAUGGUCGGAGUCUUAGGAGAGCACCUGGAAAAAUGUUAAUUUUUCAUCAGCUAUGAUCUGCAAAUAUGUGUGUAACAUAAAAGGCCAGACAAAAAUCCCAGUGUUUUAAGAGCAAUUUUACUAUCAAAAAUGGAACUACCAGCAAGGGAAAAGAAUGAUAUAGGUAGUAUAGGGCAAUAGCAAUGGCAUAAAAGUUAACAGAGAAAAACUUCGAGUAGCAGCAGAUUGUUUCAGCAUGAAUGCAGAGGUUGCUUAUGGAAGAUGACAGAAUCUCUGCCAUUUAGAUAACUUAAAAUUCGAGUGGCCAAAGCACUACUCACGUUCUAAAAUUCUGCACCAAUGCAUCAGUUAAGGGACAUCUUCUUCCUCUUCUCUGUGUGAAGUGAGUGAUACAUUGUAGAGGUAUUAUCUGUAAUGUAACUUCACCACUUAGGGGAUCCUAACUACCACUUAUUUUUGAUUCUCUUUAGCUGGCGGUCCGGCAGGAAGAAAUAUCUUCACUGGAAGUUCUGAUUAACCUGAACAUGAACAGUGGGUAGAGAAAAAGGUGAUCUUCAAACCCCAAUUCAGUAGUCAAUGAUUGUACUUCAGAAAGCUGUACAUAUGCCGAAGUUGUUGCUGCUGUUGAUGUGAACACUCUUGCCAAUGAUGUUUACAAGUACAACUUUCCCAGCACGCCACUAUGGGCAAAGACUAUUGAGGGCAUAACACUGAAAGAAUUUGACAGAUUAUCUUUUGAUAUGAUUUUGAUGAGUCCUCCCUGUCAGCCAUUUACAAGAAUUGGCCUGCAAGGUGAUGUGUCUGAUCCUCGGACAAAGAGCUUUCUCUAUAUCCUUGAUAUUCUCCCAAGGCUUCAGAAGCUUCCAAAAUACCUACUUUUAGAAAACGUUAAAGGAUUUGAAUCCUCUUCUGCAAGAAGUGAACUUUUGAAAACACUAGCAACAUGUGGAUUUAAAUAUCAGGAAUUUCUCUUGUCUCCAACCUGUCUGGGCAUUCCCAAUUCUAGGCUGCGGUAUUUUCUAAUUGCGAAGCUUCACCAAGAACCAUUUUCCUUUCAAGCUCCUGGUCAAAUAUUGACAAGAUUCCCAGAUCAGUAUCCAGAAGAUUUACUCAAGGAAAAGGUUGCUGGCAAAGUGGGUGAAAUCAGUUCUUCUUUGUCCUCUGAGGAGAAGAAUCUCGGUCCAAACAUUGGUCCAGAUUGCAGCAGCAAGAAGAGUUUACCAAAAGGGGCCUUUUUAUUUAAGCUUGAAACAGUAGAAGAAAUGGAAAGGAAACACAAUCAGGAUAGUGAUUCCUCUAUUCAAAUGCUAAAAGACUUCUUGGAAGAGGAAAAUGAAGAAAUGAGUCAGUAUUUCUUACCACCAAAGUCCUUACUGCGCUAUGCUUUCUUGUUAGACAUUGUUAAACCCACCUGCCGGAGAUCCACGUGCUUUACAAAAGGGUAUGGACACUAUGUAGAAGGGACCGGCUCAGUUCUGCAGACAGCAGUAGAUGUACAGCUUGAAUCAGUGUUUAAACAUAUUGAUGAAUUACCAGAAGAAGAGAAGCUUAUGAAACUAUCAACACUAAAACUGAGGUACUUUACCCCAAGAGAAAUAGCAAAUCUUCAUGGAUUCCCUUCGGAAUUUGGUUUUCCUGAAAAGGUAACAGUAAAGCAAUGUUAUCGUCUUCUGGGAAACAGUCUCAAUGUGCACGUGGUGGCAAAAUUGAUCUCCAUUCUUCUUGAAUAAUUUAGAACCUGAAACUGAUGCAUACGGACUGGUGACAGAAAAUACUUCCAUCUUUUAGGAGAAAGCUGAUGGAACCUGGACAAAAACCAGAGCUUACCAAGAUAUUUGUCCAGACAUUUUUCUGAACAGUUUUGUUAUUUUAUGAAUAACUUGCAUUCGUGAUGGAUUUGUACUGUAUAGGUGUUUUAUUUAAAUGGCAGUUUACAGGACUUACUUUCUUUAUUUAAAUGUUCUUUUUAGUUUGCAGAAUGAAAAAUAGCAGCAUAUACAAAUACCUCAAUGAGAAAGGACAGGACUAUUUUAUUUUAUUUUUUUACCUUAAAACAAUUUUCUCAGGACUGUGUGAAACUGUCAAAGCUGUUUUAAUUAGGUGCAGAGACCAGGUUCUAAGUGUAAAAUGUCUUCAUCUUUAAAUGUAAGUGAUCCAUUCUGAAAAGAUUUACUGUAUAUCUGACCUGAAAUUUUGAUGUGAUUUUUGUACUUAAUGAAAUUAUUAAAUUCAGUAUUUUAUAUACAAUUUUUAAGAUGAAGUGUUGUCCUUUAUGGUUCUCUCGUCUUCUUUAAAUGCUUGUCGGAUUCUGGAACCCAACUGUAUUUGUCUGGAAUGAUUUGUUUAGGUGUAGCUGAAUGAAAAUAUUUUAAGAUUAUCACAGGUUUGACAAUAA